UAACGUUUGAAUUUAAUUUAAUUAUCUAUUAUUUGUUACAAAAUUAGGUGUUGAGUGCAUAACAUAAAUUAUUGGAAAUAGUCAAUUAACAACGAAAUUUGGACAAAUACGAACAAAAAAUAACUUAAAUAAAAAUGCCAUCCAGCAGUUCUUAUACAAAAACUAUGUACAACUUACAUCUACCUUAAACUUAAUUACAUAAAUAAGGAAUUUAUUACAAAAUAUUUACAAGGUUAAUUUGGUAAAAAUAAAAAUUUAAUGGUCCUUUUUGUUAGAGAGGCAGGUAAAAACAAAUUGUUUUAAACAAAGCACCGAUCAUAGAUAAGGAGAUUUCUCCCUUUCAUUCAACUCUUCAUUUUCCCUUAAACCAGCUUUUGCCACUUCAAUUUUUUCGUUUAAAAUCUCCCUGAUUUCUCUGUUUGGCUUCAAAAGAAUUAUAGGUACAUGGUCGUCACGUCUCUGUAACAAAUACUGAAACAAGCAUUCGCCUUCAAAGUCCAGAAAUUUGUGUUUUCUGGCACGAAGCAACAUUCCAACGACUUUAUCGGAAAUAGUGGUGUAAAUCUGUAACAUAAAAAUCACACAUCACUAAUAUGAAUGAAUUUCAUUGAAGUCCUGGAGAGUAAAAUAAACUUGGUGAUAUGAGCCUAGAGUCUCUUAGCCUACGUCUCCGAAACCCCGACACAUUAACCCUCGAACCGAACAAAAUGUACCUCGUCGACCCUUUGAUGGUCCUUCCUCAGAACUCAACCACCGACUGCGCCAUGUUCUACAACGCCCAAACCAGCUCCAACGAGAACUGCAAAGAGGUGAACGAGGGUCUUGCCAUGCUGGAAAUCCUUUACAACAACAACCAACACGACCAGCCCGAAUUUAUUGACGUAAACAAUCUGACAGACAUCGUAACCUCGCACAUUGAAGAGGAGAAAAACGUCCUGAAUGUGAGCGAUGACGACGACGUGGUUUUCGUGGCAGAGUACCGUAACGACGACAUCAAAGGGAGUCAGAAUUCUGACGGUGAAGUUCCCAGAAGGAAUCCGGUGAGAAAGGUGAGAAACUCCAGAGCCGCAAGCGAGUUGAAAAGGGAAGUGUAUUAUGAGGAAGAUUUCGCGUUUUUGGAGCAGCAAGAUGAGCUGGAGGAAAUGAAUAGAAAGAUGACUUCCUACAUUAAGAAGCAACAAGUAGCGGUGGAAAAUUACAAACAAUGGCCAAUUAAUGUUCACGAAAGACCGGAAUUCAACGAGGAAACUAAAAAAAUCGAAAGAUUCGACUACACGAUCAGAAAGAUUAAAGAGACCUUACCGAAUAAAAAACCAAAGUUAGUGAAGAUUCCAAAACCAGCAAAAAAGAAAAGAUACUUUCUAAGACGAAGACGCCUUCCAAAAAUCGUUAUUGAAAAAAAAGUUCCCAUUAAAGACUUGUCCGGUUUGGUGGAUUCCACUUUUGACUUGGUCAAAGGAUUUUUAAAGGAAAGUGAGGAGUGUAAACGACUAGUGAGUAAAUCAAAAAGUAAUGCUGAUGUGAUAGAUAUCGAAAAGGAAAAACUGGUGCUGCUAAAAAACCAGGCUCUUUUAAAUUCCAUAGUGAAUGCUGUGGAAAAAUGCAAAAUAACCGAAACUUUUAUUGCUUCCAGUAAAAGUUAGGAACAAUUUUAUUAUGUUUUUAAUAACUUAUUUAACGCUUAAAAACUGUUCAGAAGUACCUGGUUAUUUUUUU